GAGUGGGGGCUCAUCUGACAAUCCAGCACUAAGUGAGUAACUUAAAGCUAUUAAUCAAUCGAGCUUGUAUAAGCAGAUAGGCACGGCUUCGGCCUGACGCUUAGCCAGUAUAGUGCGAACAUCGUAUAGGGUCCUAUAUACGGUAGCGACUGUCAUCAAAUUAGAGCAUGAAUCGACUGUCAUCAAAUUAGAAUAUGAUUCGUAAGGAGAGCACCAUUGUUCCAGAACAGACAGAGCGCACAAGAACUCGAAUACCAUUGCCCUUGCUCAAGGGCUCCUUCCACUUCCUGGUGGUGAAGGAAAGUCCUGAAGUUGGACAUCACUCCAUCCAGGGCCUAUCAAUCCUGGCGAUACUGAUCGGAUACUGCCUCGUUCUGCACCACCUGUGCUCUGUAGAUCCACUAAUGUCGCGUUCGAAUUUUCGGUUUGAGAUGUUGUCGGUAACCUUAGCAUGUUCAUUUCAAGCUCUUCCUCAUCUCUAACAGGUGUAGUCGGUCGAGAGGGUUUAUCGGCAGAAUGUUGUGCGCACGUGAGUGCAUACCCUUCAGGGAAC